GUGGUUUAUAUUUUCUGAUCGAUCUAAAUCCAGCAUCCCAAACAAGACUGAGAUUUGAGGGCGUAAAUACACAUUUUCUUCUUAAAUUAAGUAAUUAACGACAAUUCACAGUGUACACGAAAGCAGCAUCAGAUCAAUACAAUUUGCGCCCUCUAGUUGUGAAAUACGUCAUCACACUGGACACGAUCACCAGUCGUACAAGAAAAACUCGACGUUAUCAAUACAAUGUGUGAUUUUUGUGAAAUAACUUAAUUUUUUCAAUACAAAGUAGGCAAAUAAGCCACGAAACAAUAUAAAAUGAACCAUAUCACGUGUCGCAUUGAUUUACUAAAACUAACUAACGAACAGUUCCCUCAGUUUAGAUUAUACUUAAACGCAAGAAUAAUGUAAAAUAAAAUCCAAUAAUUAAUCCCGGACAGUUUCAGCUCUGGUGACGGCAGAUUGGAUACGUUGUUUUUUUUCCCCCUGCAGCAGUUGUCAUCAUCAGCACCAGAGCAACCACUGCUGGCACUCUCAUAAAAGAAACUCCACUGGGCGAUUGACUGUGUUUCAUUGCACCGGAUUGUUACUUGGCAGUCCACGCCUCCACAGGGCAAGAAAAAAAAAACCACAGGCUUCCUGCAGAUAAACCUAACGGAAAUCUACCCUCUGUUAGAGUCUCUGUGCUGCUCCUUCUGAUGAGCUGGACUGAUCAUGGAGCUGUCUUGUGAGUCAGUGAGAUACCCUGAGGACCGGAGACCGGCCAGUUGCAAGUUUGUGGAGCUCCAUGUGCUGUAUGUGCCAGAUGACCAGUGGGAUGUGAAGCUCAAUAAAGUCCCUGCUGAAGCCAUAGAGAGCUUCAUAUCUGCCGGCUUCAUCAGGGUUUAUCCAGAUAUCACCCUGAAAACUCUGAGGAGCGAGCUUGGAGCUCUUCUUGGCGCCGAGAGGGGCAUCGACAAAUUCUCCUUCCUGAAAUGUGUGGGCCGCAGUUUGGCACUGGUGAAGAGCAAACAGGAGAGGGAUCUGAAAGUGAAAACAUUCGCUCCACCGUAUGCCCCACAGCCAGAGCUUUACCUGCUGCCCACUGUGGAGAGCGACAGCAGUGUUUGCUCCCAGUCUCUCACCACAGACACCAGCAGCAGCUCCCCAGACCACCAGACCUAUUACCAGCCUCCCAAGACGUGCAGCCUGCCAGCAGGAACAAAGAAGCCUGUUAAAUUCCCCCUCAUUCCCCAGUGUUCCCAUCAGCCACCUCCCACCCCGAGCCUGGAAGAGGAAGAGGAGGAAGACGAGGAGCAGAGUUAUAGUUCUUCAGAGACAGAAGGAGAAAAUGAAGAGGAGGGUCUUUCUUCCAACAAGUUAGAGUGGGCGGAGAAGGAAUGCUGCCCAAGGAAGCCUCAGAGUCAGAGGGCACCGCAGCCUGUUUCACACAAUAAAGCUUUACAGAGGCGGGAAGCUGAUUCAGCUCAGGUGAAAGAGUUGGCAGAGAGAGAAGAAACCUGCAGGAAGGAGAAACAGCACCACAGACAGAACAGAGCGGCCAGAGACUCAGGAGUAGCACCGUCUCUGGAGGACAGAGAUUCGGGUUUCUCCUUCACAGAUGGGCUCGUGAAAUCAAAAGAUGCACUCAAGUCCAUCAGGAAUAAACCAAGAGUGACAGAAAGUCCAACGAUGUUGUCUCGGCCUGUUCGGUGCUCCUCUCCACCUCCAGGUCUGCACUUGGCCAGGGUCACUCAAAAAACGGCUGCCUCUCCCAUCUUUCAGACAAACAGAGAGGAACUGAUUGAGGAAAUCAAGCUGGUCAGGGAGGAGAGAAAGCAGCUGGAGUGGACGAGGCAAGAGCUGCUAAGAAAGGGGAAAGAUUUGUUGGCUCAAAACAGACACCGCAGGAACCAAGCUCGUGACAGUUGGAAAAAGAAAUAUUUUGAAACCAAGAAGGCCACAGCCCCAUUGGAGGAAAAUCUGAGAAACUUACGGCAAGAGUUGGAGACAUUUUACAACAAACUCUUGCACCAGCUCCAGGCCAGAGAUAACAGAGGGAAGCCAAGACGACAGGGCAGAUCUUCCAUAAAGAAUGAGCUCAUCAUUCAGAUCAUGACAGAGAGUCAUGAGAUUGACAACCUGAAGAGGAAGGUAGAGGAUGCCAAGAUGAAGCUGGUAACGGAGAUAAAGUUGAGGAAACAGGCUGCCACAGAGCUGAGGGCCCUGAAGGCUGAGCUGGCCCAGAAGAAGAGCCAGUCCUCUCAUCCUGCUCCCACGGUCACUCUUGGCUUUGGAAAUACCACACAGGAUAGAUCACAAGUUCAAAGCACCUCCAUCUAAUUCAGUUCAUACAGGAACAAGACUGUUGUCUGGGCUCAACUCUGCUGGGACGGAAGGAUUUUGUUUCUACAUGACUUAUUAUUUUGUAACUAAGUUUUGUAUUUUUUGCUGUUGCAUUUUAUUAUUACUUUAUAUGCUGUUCGGUGUGGUCUCAUUUCUUUGCAAUGUUGAUACUGUUGAUU